UCUAAUUUUAUUUCUUUAAUUACACUCUCUCUUUGUGAAGUUGUAACAGUCGCAUUCGGGUGGUGUCCCCCGCCAUAUAUAGUUCCUUACAUAUAUAUACAGACGUAGCAUCACCUCCUGACGGUUGUUACAAAAAGAAUUACUACAAUAAAUAUUGAAACUACGAAAACAAAAAGAAAAAAAAGAUUUAAAUUAUUAGGGAUUGUUUUUUAUUUAAAUCAUUGGAUUAUUCAUCGAUUAUGGGUUUUCUUCACAAACUGUGGGAUGAUACACUUGCUGGACCUGCACCAGAUUCAGGCCUAAGCAAACUCCGAAAGUUUAAUACUUUCUCUGGCCGUACUGCCUCUAGUGCUCCGUCGUCCCCCACCAAGUUUCGCCACCUUAACGCCGCCGCUGCCGCCGCUGUUGAUCCGAUCCCGAUAUCCCGGAGUAUUACAAUUCUCCGCAGUAACUCAACUUCUGCAUCACGUAGUGGCAAUGCUACGCCUGAUUCUGUAUCUGCACCAUCUUCUCCGGCUACUUCUAGCGCUCCAACUUCCCCAUUUGCACCAAGUUCAGCACGGAGGUAUUAUAAAAAGCAACCAAAAGGAAAAACAAACAGGGAACGAUCUCCAAACUAUGAUUGGAUCGUACUGAGUGCUUGGGAUCGUUGACGAGAUAGAUCAAUUGACAAAACAACUUUUUAUGUGUGUGAAGAAAUGACUGCUAAAGGCCGUACGUGCGCAAACAAACUGAUAGAGAUCUAGGUUACCGGCUGCUAAUCGGAUUUCCAAUGUUGUUGUGCAUAUAUAAAUAAUCUGUACAUAUUUGUAAUUUCUUGAUAUAAUACUAGUAUAUAUAAUACCAUAUAUAACCAGAAUAAGAAGGUUCUUUCAGUACUAAAGAACCACUGCAUCAUUUAUGUUAAUAUCAGGGAGAGAGAAACUAGAAGUAGGAGAAUUAAUUUUUCUUGUAACUUGCUUCCUCCAUCUGUCUGGAGCGAUGAUUUUUUUUUUUUUUUUUUUUUUUUUUUUUUUUUUUUUUUAUUUUUUUAUUUCUUUGUUAUUUUAGUGGAAAUUGGCUCUCUUUCUGAGCUGCUAUCUGUCUAGACGGAUGUGAGUUUGAUGUAAUUAAUCAAUAAAUCUCCAGUUUAGUUUAAUUCGUUGGUUGAA